UGUCCCGCACGGCCCUCCGUCCGCCCGCGGGCGGUCCAGUGUGCAGGGUUCCCGCGUCUCUCCGAGUCCCGGGAGACCUCGGCGAUGGCGUUCCGGUGUCAGCGGGACAGCUAUGCCCGCGAGUUCACCACCACCGUGGUCUCCUGCCGUCCCGCCGAGCUGCAGACCGAAGGAAGCACCGGCAAGAAGGAAGUGCUGAGUGGUUUCCAUGUGGUGCUGGAAGACACGCUGCUUUUCCCCGAGGGCGGGGGACAGCCCGAUGACCACGGUACGAUCAAUGACAUCUCUGUGUUGCGAGUGACCCGCCAGGGGGCCCAGGCUGAUCAUUUCACCCAGACAGCCCUGGCCCCUGGGACCGAGGUCCAGGUCCGGGUGGACUGGGAGCGAAGGUUUGACCACAUGCAGCAGCAUUCAGGGCAGCAUCUCAUCACAGCAGUUGCUGACCAUCUGUUUAGGUUGAAGACCACAUCAUGGGAGCUAGGGCGACUCCGGAGCGUGAUUGAGCUGGACAGCCCCUCUGUGACCGCAGAGCAGCUGGCUGCCAUUGAGCAGAGCGUCAAUGAAAAAAUCAGAGGCCGGCUGCCCGUGACUGUGCGAGAGCUGAGCCUGGAUGACCCUGAGGUGGAGCAGGUGAGGGGCCGGGGUUUGCCAGAUGACCAUGCUGGGCCUGUUCGAGUUGUUACCAUCGAGGGCGUUGAUUCCAACAUGUGCUGUGGGACCCAUGUGAGCAACCUCAGUGACCUUCAGGUCAUUAAAAUUCUGGGCACCGAGAAGGGGAAAAAGAACAAAACCAACCUGGCGUUUCUGGCUGGGAACCGGGUGCUGAAGUGGAUGGAGAGAAGCCAUGGAACUGAAAAAGCACUGACCACUCUGCUUAAGUGUGGAGCAGAGGAUCACGCGGAAGCAGUGAAGAAGCUACAGAACUCGGUCAAGCUCUUGCAGAAGAACAACCUGAAUCUGCUCAGAGACCUGGCCGUGCAUGUUGCCCACAGCCUGCGGAACAGCCCGGAUUGGGGAGGUGUGGUCACAUUACAUAGGAAGGAGGGGGAUUCUGAGUUCAUGAAUAUCAUUGCCAAUGAGCUUGGGUCGGAGGAGACCCUCCUGUUCUUAACUGUGGGUGAUGAGAAAGGUGCUGGACUCUUCUUACUGGCGGGGCCAGCGGAAGCCGUGGAGACCCUGGGCCCCAGGGUGGCCGAGGUGCUGGAAGGCAAAGGAGCCGGGAAGAAAGGCCGCUUCCAGGGCAAGGGCACCAAGAUGAGCCGGCGGGCAGAGGCACGGGCGCUCCUCCAGGACUACAUCAGCACCCAGAGUGCUGAGGAGUGAGGACCCGGCCGCCUCCCUGGGGCUCCUGCUGUUGAGAACUGGCCUUCUGUGACUACAGAGUCUGUUGGACAAUAAAAUAGCUUGGCUUGACAUGGUUGUGGUACCACA